CGCAUGGAGAAGACGGACGAGAGGAGAGAGGGAUGGGGAGAGAGAGAUGGAAGGAAAGAGAGGUUACAGAGAAAUAGAGGCAAGGAAAAUGUUUCUGCAAUGCAGCAAGACUACAUUCUCUCUCUCUCUCUCUCCUCUUUGUAUCACUACUUGUUUAUUUAGCUGGUUGAAAGACAGUCAAACAAAGCUCCUACCUUUUUCUAGAUGUCACGGAUGAAUUAACAGCAGGAGGAAGUCACAAUGUUGUGGGAUUCCUGGGAAUGUUGGAUACUUGUAUGGAAUGUUGGAUACUUGUAUGGAAUGUUGGAAUCCUUCCAGUAUUGGAUCCAGUUUGGGGAUGCAGGGUUCAGACUGAGCAUGUGGAGCGGUCAUGAGACUCUGUGACUCCAUCUCAACCUGCUCUCUCUGUUCCAUGGGGUUCCUUGUGGUCUGAGCUGUGGCCUGGCUGCAGUACCGGAGGCCACCAGCGUGGGGCAGCAGAGCGAGGUGGGGCCAGGGGGCAGCAGUGAGUAGGCUGGGGCUGGAUGGAGCGUGGAGGGGCAUGCGUCAUGACCUCGGUGGUGCUCGUUGACAGUGGAGGGGCGGUGGUUGAGUAUGUCACUGCCGUGGAGGACCCUCAUCAGGAGGGAGAGUGUGAGGUGGAGGAGUGUGAGGAGGGAGACGGUGAGGUAGAGGUGGAGGGAGACAUGGUGGAAGAAGAGACAGACGGGGAGCUGGAUGAAGAGGAGGAGUACCCAGCAGUGAUCGUGGAGGAGGUCCCAGGCAGGGGGAUGGAGCAGUGGUUCUCUGCCCAGGUUCUGGUCUACGAUGACGGGACCUACCUGAUGCAGGACGUGGGGGAAGAACAGGAGGUGGAGACUGAGAUGGUGGAGACAGUGGAGGCGUCCGUCCAUUACCAACAGUCUGGCACCAGUAUCUACUGUUCUGAUAAGACCAUCGAGGCUGCCGAGGCUCUGCUGCACAUGGACUCUUUUACCAGCCUGAGAGGGGACCGCAGCCCAGAUGUGUUCAUCCCGGCAGGGUGUGUGACCACCCCAGACUUCAUCCACGCUGCGAUGCGUCCAGACGUGAUGACCGAGACUGUGGUGGAGGUGUCUACGGAAGACUGUAUGGAUGAGGACAUGGAGGUCACCCUCCUAGAGGAACCAGACGAAUCAGAGCCUGACCACCAACCUGUCAGGAAGAAGAAAGCAGGGAGGAAGCCAAAGACUCACCAGCCUGCUGUAUCCAACGGAUCCCCGGACCUCGGCAUCAAGAAGAAACCCAGAGAAGGAAAAGGCAGCACCACGUACCUGUGGGAGUUCCUGUUAGACUUACUCCAGGACAAGAACACGUGUCCCAGGUACAUCAAGUGGACUCAGAGGGAGAAGGGCAUCUUCAAGCUGGUGGACUCCAAGGCCGUGUCCAAGCUGUGGGGUAAACACAAGAACAAGCCUGACAUGAACUAUGAGACCAUGGGACGGGCUCUGAGGUACUACUACCAGCGUGGUAUACUGGCCAAGGUCGAAGGUCAGCGGCUGGUCUACCAGUUCAAGGAGAUGCCCAAGAACAUCGUUGUCAUCGAGGACGACAAGGCCGACACCAGAUCGGACGAUCUUAUUGGCUCAGAGAAGUCUUACCACGAGAGAGUCCUGCCCUCGUCGGAGACGAUACUGAAUGUGGCCGAGCUCGCCACGACGCCCACCAUCCUGAGGGGUGGGACUAGAACCGUGGUCCAUCCUCCGGUUGCUAAGGGCAACAAGGUGGUGAUGACAGGGGGCGGGGCGGCAGUGGGGGUUCCGAGGAUAGUGACCAUUUCCACGGCGCCAGACGGAACCCAGACGCAGCAUUCUCACACGGCCAUCAUCCCCACUUCCUCAGGACCCAGGACUGUACGGGUUGCCAUGCAAGUGCCUGUAGUCAUGACAACGUCACUGGGCCAGAAGAUCUCAACGGUCGCCGUGCAACAGGCGCCAGGGAUGUCGAGAGGCCGAACGACUUACCAAUUGGCCAACGCCUCUCCCAUCGGCACGGCAACGGGCAACGCGAACGCCCAACCGAAGGUUGUAAUCCAGACCAUCCCCACCAUGGUUCCAGCCACAGCGGAGAACGGAGACAAGAUCACGGUCCAACUGGCUAAGAUCAUCACCAUCCCAGCCCACCAGCUGGCCCAGUACCAGCAGCAGACCAAGCCUGGCCUGGGGGGCUCCCCGGGCAGCAUCUCUCUCCUGGGCGGGACAAACUCCUGGGGGGUACGAGCCCUGGCACCUCAUGUGACCAUGGCUACCAUGGCUGCAGGGACACAGGUGAUGAGGCUGGCUGUUCCCACAACGCUGCAUCAUCAUCAACAACAACAGACACAUCAUAUCGUCACGACGACGCAAGGUGGCGGGACCGGGACAGCAGUGGUCACCGUGACGACGACAGCCAAUCAGAGCUCUCCGGUGGCGGCAUCCCAUAUCAUCAGCGGUGUCAUCAAGAGAUCUGCCACGGCAAUGAGAGAACCGCCGCAGCAGCAAGCCAAGACGCUGACCGUUCAAACGGUGUCGCUACAGGCCCUCCCCGUCCAGACGGCGUUACCGGAAGCACCGGAGAUCAUCCCGGUAGCCGUCCAAUCAGAAGAGGUGCUGCCUGAGAUCAAAUCAGAAGAUCCGGAGUGUUGAGGUCACAAGUACGGACACACACCUCGUAGUUUGUACAGUUUUUGCCCAGAUAGGAGUUUGUUCUUCUUUUUCUACAUGACAGUCUGAGAGACUAUAAAGACCCACAACCACCUCUGAUUUACCCUGGGGUGGUCUACCUUCCAACCACAGCCUCAUCUCCAUGGAGACCCAGGGCGCAUCCCAAAUGGCCCCCUAUUCAGUACACUACUUCUGUAGGGAAUAGGGUGUCAUUUGAGUCGUAGAAUACCGUAGGACACCCAGCCAACAUAGGAACCCAGCAAUGACUUUUCAAAAGGGAAGAAUCUCCUUCAGAAAAAGGGACCAAGUCCAACUUAAAUCACUACGUUUUCUGUUUCUGACAGACGAGACACUAGCUAACUAAGCUACAAUGAAAAAUACAAACUUAACAGAAAAAAAACACUAAACAAAAGGCUAAUUAUAAAAACCAAAAAAUGUGAACUGGAAAGGAAAAGGAGUGAGAUGGAGGGGGUUUUGUAUAGAAAAGUUUGUGUACGACCAGCAUUUUAUUUGCCUGAUCACUGUGCAGAUUCCCGGUGCAGAAACAAACCACAGGAAAGACUGCGGGCUGUUCUAGGAUCAGCUCUUACAAGGGGAAAUAAAAAGCCAAAGGGACUUUAUAUGUAUAUAACUAUUAUACAGUUUAGGGGAAUUAAAAUCAAAACAGCCUUAGAAUGAUUGGUUUUUAUUUUUCAUUGCAUUGUUUAUAAGAUAAGCAGAUUUAGCUUUUUUUUGUGUUACGGUUUCUUGACCUUUUUGAUACCAUGUACCAAGCACAGUGUUUUAAAACAAUACAGCAACACCAUUGUUCUAUUGUAGUUUGAAGCCCAGGUCCGUGUACGUGGGUCGGUUGCAGCCCAGGUCCGUGUAUGUGGGUCGGUUGCAGCCCAGGUCCGUGUACGUGGGUCGGUUGCAGCCCAGGUCCGUGUACGUGGGUCGGUUGCAGCCCAGGUCCGUGUACGUGGGUCGGUUGCAGGGUUUGGGGUCAAAUCCAUUUCAAUUCAGGAAGUAGACUGAAAUUCUAAUUCUCUCAAUGAUAAAAAAAACGAAAUGGAACUGACUCCAACCCUGGUUGGUUCUAGACUUGACCACAUCUACUUCCCCAGGGUAACUGUCUCUAGGGUAACUGCCUGCAGCUUUUGAAAAGGAAAGCUCCUCAGCAUGAACCUCUCGUCGGCCAUCUUGGCUCUGCCCCCUACAUUUCCUGUAGCAGUUUGUUUUUCUUAGUUGUAAUGAAGAGGGAGAAAGCUGUUCGGACAGAACUAGUUUGUAUAUUCAACAUUUGAAGUAUAUUCUAUUUUGUUGUACUCUUGUUUCAAAGUGUAUUCAAGUAGAUUUUACUGAAAUAUUAAAAAAAAACAUUUUAAUUAAAUUA